GUUGCUAUGGGUAACCCCGCUACUCCCUAAGCCUUCCUCCCGCUUUAUUACUAUUAAUAAUAUUUUGCUUUGAUUUUUCACCCGAAGUAAAAAAGCGUGACGCCAGGGCUGGCACCUCAACCUGUCUUCCUCAAGAAUCUCCCCCGCCUCCGAAAAAUUACUCAACUGCUACCACUAAAUCAUCAUCGGUAACGGCAUAUGCGGACUUGAGCGGUCGUCGGGACGAAGUCGGUGGGAGACGACGAGCUUGAGGUCACCAUGGAAAAAUAUGAAAAUCUGGGGCUAGUUGGUGAAGGAAGCUAUGGCCUGGUGAUGAAAUGCAAGAACAAAUCGAAUGGGAGAAUAGUUGCCAUUAAGAAAUUUUUGGAAAGUGAAGAAGACAAAAUGGUGAAGAAAAUAGCUAUGCGGGAAAUAAAGCUUUUAAAGCAACUCCGACAUGAUAACCUGGUCAACUUGCUUGAAGUCUGCAAGAAGAAAAGGCGCUGGUAUCUUGUGUUUGAGUUUGUGGAGCGCACUGUAUUAGAUGAUUUAGAACAAUUUCCAAAUGGGAUGGAAAACAGCAAAGUGAAAAAGUACCUGUUUCAAAUCCUGAGGGCCGUGGCGUUCUGCCAUUCUCACAAUAUUAUCCACAGGGAUAUCAAGCCUGAAAACAUCCUUGUGUCCCAGAAUGGAGUUGUCAAGCUGUGUGACUUUGGAUUUGCUCGGACGAUGGCAGCCCCCGGUGAGCUUUACACUGAUUAUGUGGCCACCCGCUGGUACAGGGCACCGGAGCUGGUGGUGGGAGACACCAAGUACGGCAAAGCUGUGGACGUGUGGGCCAUUGGCUGUCUGGUUGUUGAGAUGCUUACAGGAGAGCCGCUGUUUCCAGGGGAUUCAGAUAUUGACCAGCUAUACCACAUUAUUAAGUGUUUAGGAAACUUAACUCCGCGUCACCAGGAGCUCUUUCACCGAAACCCCGUUUUUGCUGGAGUGCGACUGCCAGAAAUUCAGCAAGUGGAACCUCUAGAGAAAACGUUUCCAAAGCUUCACUCCAUCACCUUGAGCUUAGUAAAGAAAUGUCUACACAUUGAUCCAGACAAGCGAUCGUCUUGCAGUGAGCUGUUGCGCCAUGAAUAUUUUACCAGAGAUGGCUUUGCAGAAAGGUUCAUUGAGGAGCUCAAUUAUAAACUGAAGAAGAAUUUAAAAGAAAGUGCUCCAUUGUCAAAGAAGUCCAAAACAUCCAAAAGGGACAAAGAAGAGCGUACUGCGGAUGAAUCAAAAACCAUAAGCAAAGAGCCUAGUAACCUUGUGAAGAUAAUUGAGAACAAGUCGGAUGCUAAAACAAUGAAAACCAGAGAAACCCUGGCAGAGACUGAAAAAGUGGAGAUGCAGACCAUUAUGGAGGGCAACGAAGGACCAGAGAAGAGCAUAGAGAAGGGCGUGGCCAUGAGCAGAGCGGUCCAGCUGUGUUUAAGAGAUCAAAACACCUGCAAUGAUUCCUCUGUGGGGUCUGCAAUUCCUCCAAUCUCACAGACCCCGGCAUCCAGCAGCCUAAAUGUCCCAUCUGCUGCUGUCUCAGGAUCACUCAGCUACAGGGGGAAUGAGAAGACAACCAAACACAUAACCGUUUUUAAAAAACACUGCCAGCAGCCUUUGCCCGGCCAUUACAAUAUCAGCCUUAUGAUGCAGGCAGCACACGAUAAAAGUGCACUUCAUGACCGAUCUGUUCCACCCGAUAGAACAGGGAAUGGUAGCAAGAAGAAAUGGGAAUUUGGCAAGUCAGAUGUGCAUCUCCCUGAGCUGAGCAGCAGUCAUUUGCCGGAGCUCAAAGGACCUGAAGGACGGCUUUCAAAGGCAAUAAAGAAAGAGAGCAAGAAAACAGCUGACUGUCGAAUUCCGUCUCUCGCAGCGCUGGACGUCCACUCCAGUAUGGCUUUGCAACAGAUGUCUGGCACCUCCUACAAUGAAGCCACUGAAGCCAACUUGCCGCGGGUGGACCACUAGCACGGGGUGACAUCGUGUGAGGACUCUGCUGCUUGUUGAGCGUCUGCUCCUCAGUCUACGGAGGUCUUCAGGUUCCAUGCAGUCAGUCGUGUGCAGAGGUCUGACAGGACUUAUAGUUAUUUAAGCCAGCUAACUUUAAUAUGUGGAACUUCUAACUUUAGAGACUUAAUGACAUUUUGUAUUUUAUUAUUUGUAUUGUUUUUUCAUUUUUCUUUUUAAGUGAGAGCCAAAGUGGACUUUGC